AUUUGUUCAAAUGCAGAAGGAGCACAAAACACCUAAUGUUCACCCUACACGAAAAUUGAACACGAAUGGAAAAAGAAGAGAAGAUCAAAUCAGUUCUAGAGAAUAUAGUUCUGAUGGAGUUCGAGAAUCCAAAAACAAGAAGGCCAUUAAGUAUUUCUGUAGCCAGUGAGCUAGUCUAUUGAACCCGAAUGCUCCAAUCGGGUAUAAAGCACCAAUGAAACCCUCAUCUUCAAAAUCAGGACAAUUAAAUAAAAAUGUGACAGAUUAUGAUUCAGAAAUAGAUGUCAGGAACAAACAGAUCAGAAGACUAGAGAAUAGAGUCCUUGAUCAAGCAUUCACCAUAAAAGAACUAAAGAAGAACGUUGAAGUUGAAGACUCCAUGAAAGCAAUGGAAAAUGAAAUUGAAGAAAGAGAGAAAAUAAUUAGUGAAAAAGAAAAAUAAGAUCAUUCUUUUACAAGAUCAGGUUAAUGAACUUAACGAGCUCCAAAACAAAACAGGUUCAAAUUUUCACAAGAAAGAGGGUGAGUUAAACCUAGUACAGGCUGAAAAUGAAGACCUUAGCUUAAGAAAUCAGCAACUCCUGGCUCAAGUCAAAGAGUUAAAAAAUAGGCUAUCCAAAGCAGAAGAGAAAAUUUUAGAAAAAGAAGAGGAUUGGAGUAUCAAGUACCAUUCAGUAGCCAAGAAGAUUUCAGAGCUUGAACAGCACAACAGUAAUAACAUACAUGCUACUAAGAAGAUGACAGAGGAGAGUAAGGCUUCAGAGAAAGCAAAAGAAGAACAAGAAGAAAAGAUGAAACAGCUCGAAUUCCAGUUACAGAAAAUUCAAGGAGAACUAAAUGAAGCAAAUGACUUGAAGAAAAUAAUGAAGAAAAAACUAGUUAAGAAGAACAAGGGAGAAGAGGAGACAGCAGCAGAGAUUGAAAAAUUAAAAAGUGAUCUCAGGAAUGCAAUGAAUAAGAUAAAGCAUCUCAAAUCCACCAAACUAGCUGAUUUAGAGCUGAAGGUAUCUGAGAAAGAGUCUGAAAUUGAAAUUCUGAAACAAAUGAUAAGAAGUUUAAAAAUCGAAAUUAGCGGAAAGCAAACAGAUAUUAAGAGACUCAGCAAAAAAGUCAAUAGACUUGACCAAGCAAAUGAUAUGAGACAUGACUUUAUUCAAAAUCACUUCAAAAAGACCAUAAAAGCUCAAAAGAAAAAGGGGAGAGUCAGUCAAAAUCAUUCUAUGCUGACUGAAAAUGACCAAAUUGUUCUUCCUCCUCUCAACAAUCAAAUAUCAAACCAGGGUUUUAGUUCUUCUCAAGAGACCAAAACACCUCUGAAGAAAAGAAGAAAGGUUUCGUAAGUUUCUAUUCAAGAAAA